UGCAGGAGCAAAAGCCUGUCUCGAACAGAGAUCUUUUUACAGCCAUUGGCAUUCGGGUUGACUUUUCGCGAGGAAGGCCGGCGCAGAGGUGACGAACUGGAAGCGGACCGAGAGACAGCAACGAAGCAAUGUCCUCAGCAACAGCGUCAAGGCUGGGCUUCCGCCAUGGUGCCCUCAGCCUGAAGCCUACGACAGCAUUCAACACCGUGUGCCAAAGGCUGCCAACAACAGCUUCCUUCCACUCCUCGGCAUCCCUUUCAGACCGUGUACCCGCACUCCAGGUCCGCAUCUCCCGCAAAGCAUGGCGCAAAAACCAAAAGAAGAUUGAGGACCUGCGCCGCCGUCUGGGAGACAACUACGCUGUAAUCGGCCGCGACAAACGACGCUCUCCCUACACACAAACCAACAGCUCUACUCGCCCAACGCAAGCUCCCUAUGUCCCUCCACCAGAUCCAAAGAUCUUGCCGUUCUUCGCUGUACCAGGAAAGACGAACGUUGCACCGAUUGUGUCUGGUGACUUUAAAAAGACGUUGGCGGCUGUGAAGGAAUUGCGGGCGAAAGCGAGCGAGGAGCAGAGCGUGAACGAGGCGAUGGCAGAGAAGACGCAAGGAUCCAUUCGUGACUUGAAGAUGGCUGCCGUGGAGGAUGAUGGAGUGUCGAAAGUGCUGGAGGUGCCUCUGGGUGCAAUCCCAUACGCAAAGGAGAAGGCGCCGUUGCGUGGGUUCGAACUUCCUGCCGAUGUCGCUGAACUUCCGACACCGGCGACGUCUGGCCCUGGAUAUGGGUUCUCACUGACGCCAUCGGAGGCCCAGCUACUGUUCUUGCAAACACCUGAUAUUGUAGCUGCAGGGACACAUGGGCGGGCGCCGUCGGAGCGGGAUAUCGGCCCGAAAGCGCAAGCUGAGAUGGUUAGGAGGAUCGUCAGCUUGGAGAAUGCAAACAAGCCACAGAUGAACAAGUAUAAUGUGGAUCGGUGCGUUCAGCUGUUCGGAAGGGCCCCGCAUGAUACCGGUAGCCCGGAGGUGCAAGCCGCCGUCUUCACUGUACGCAUUAAAUCGAUGCAAGAUCAUUUGGACGCCAACAAGAAAGACAAGUCCACCAAACGUCAACUGGAGAAGUGGAUAUCGCGGAGAGUAAAGAUUCUGAAGUAUUUGAGGCGAACUGUAAGUGCUGUUUGUAUGCUGAACCUUCCCAAGUUUGUGGAGACUUGUCGCGCGAUAGGAGUGGAGCCUGAGACCAUCCGUGUCUAGUCAUCCAUGAAGGACCUCGGAUGUUGAUUACCCACGCCCCACAUUCCCUUGAUGGAGCCCAGCCGUGUGCCGUUGUACAUGAUAUAUAUCAUCGCAAUCUAGAUAUCAAUAUCGAGGAACUGGACGUACCACUGGCUGUC